AUGAGCGUCGAUUACCAGGCCAAGCGUGGCCUGUUGUCAUCAGGAUCAGAACACAACCGCAAUGCGCGUGGUUCCUACGAUCUUUCCGACAGCGACCGCGACUCGGACAUUGACGCGACGGAGUUCCUGACGACCGAUCCUUUACAUGGCAAUGAUGUUUCAGACGGAAAGGGCGAUAAGAAGACCCAUGGAUCCAGCGCCUCCUUUAGCUGGCUGGUUCCAGCACGUUUUCGUAAACGAUGGUCGCGGUCACGGUGCUGCAUACUAGCACUGGUCGUUGGCGGCACAAUCUUGCUGCUGACAGCGGCAAGCGGCGGCUUUGUCUACAAGAAGCUUGGUGAGGAACCUCUCUAUGGCCAGUCCCCACCGUGGUAUCCGGCACCACUGGGCGGCACGGCGCAGACGUGGGCCGACAGCUAUACAAAGGCUGCCAAGUUGGUGAGCCGCAUGACACUCCCAGAAAAAGUCAACAUAACCACGGGGACGGGCUGGCAGAUGGGCUUGAGCGUCGGUACGAACGGGCCUGCAGUCCAUGUCGGAUUCCCGCAACUGAACCUCCAAGAUGGACCUUUGGGCAUCCGCAUGGCCGACAACAUCACGGCCCUGCCGGCUGGCAUCACCGUUGGCGCCACAUGGAACCGCGCGCUGAUGUAUGCACACGGUAAAGCACACGCUGAAGAGGCCCGUGCUAAAGGUGUGCAUGCUCUGUUAGGCCCCUGUGUUGGGCCUCUUGGUCGUAUGCCGGCUGGUGGCCGCAAUUGGGAGGGCUUUGGAUCGGACCCAUACCUGCAGGGAAUUGCGGCUGCUGAGACCAUCCGGGGCAUCCAGGACCAGGGCAUCAUGGCCACGAUCAAGCACUUUGUUGGAAAUGAACAGGAGCAUUUCCGGCAGCCGUAUGAAUGGGGUCUACCGCAUGCAUUGAGCUCCAACAUCGAUGACCGUACACUGCACGAGCUGUAUGCAUGGCCGUUUGGGGAUGCUGUGAAAGCAGGCGUGGCCAGUGUCAUGUGUAGUUACAACAUGGUCAAUAACAGCUAUUCAUGUGGCAACUCGAAGCUCCUCAAUGGCAUUCUGAAGGACGAGCUUGGUUUCCAAGGCUUUGUCAUGUCAGACUGGCUCGCCCAGCGAUCCGGUGUCAGUACUGCGCUGGCUGGCCUGGACAUGACCAUGCCCGGUGACGGUCUGCGCUGGCAGAAUGGCCGUUCUCUGUGGGGCCCCGAACUCACACGCUCCGUGCUCAACGGGUCCGUACCUCUUGAGCGCUUAAACGACAUGGCGACACGCAUUGUUGCUGCCUGGUACCAGAUGGGACAAGACGAUCCAAACUUCUUCCACGGAUUUGAUGGGGCCGGCGAGCGACCCAACUUUUCUUCGUGGACGCACAAUCGUACAGGCGUGCUCGCGCCUGGCAGCCCGUCUACACAAGACACCGUUGUUGUGAACCAGUUUGUCGACGUGCAGGGUGACCAUGCCAACAUUGCUCGACAUGUUGCUACCGAAGGCAUCGUCCUCUUAAAGAACACCAACAAUACUCUGCCCAUUGGCACCGACGGCAUUACAGGCCAACCGAACCGCAUCGUCAAGACACAGCACCCUGCACCGCAAUCCGAAAGAGAUUCCACCGCCAGCCCGACUCCCAGGAUCAAGAUUGGUAUUUUCGGCGAAGACGCUGGGCCGGGCCAGGGUCCUAACUACUGUGAGAACAGGGCUUGCAACCAAGGUACACUGGGGUCUGGAUGGGGUUCAGGUGCUGUUGAAUUUCCGUAUCUCACUUCACCCGUCGAUGCGCUGUCGUCCGUUUUCGACGAAAGAAAGGUUGACCUUCGCCGUCGCCUAUCCAACCAUGGUGUGCAUACCGAGACACUUAAAGAUCUGGACGUUUGCAUUGUGUUUGCCAAUGCAGAUGCCGGCGAAGGUUUUGUUUCUUGGGGUGGCAUUGGUGGCGACCGGAAUGAUCUCUUGUUGCAAAAAGGCGGCGAUGAUCUUGUCUACAGCGUUGCUAUUGGCUGUGGCGAUGGCAAGGGUGAUGUAAUUGUGGUAAUUCACUCUGUCGGGCCAGUUGUCAUGGAGCGCUGGAUUGACUUGCCGCAGGUCAAGGCCCUUGUCUAUGCCAAUUUGCCCGGCCAAGAAAGCGGAGAUGCCCUUGCCGAUGUCCUCUUUGGCCGGGUUAAUCCAAGUGGCAAGCUGCCGUACACCAUCGGACGCACCCUCGAGGACUUCGGUCCUGGAGGCAAGGUCAUGUACUUGCCCAACGGUGUUGUUCCUCAGCAGGACUUUUCAGAAGGCCUUUACAUCGACUACCGUCAUUUUGACAAAUACGACAUCACGCCACGUUUUGAAUUUGGUUACGGCCUUUCCUACACCGACUUUGUCGUUGGCAACUUGUCUGUCCAAGGUGUCCUUCCCAAGAGCUCUCUACCUUCAGCCCGGCCACCCCCUGCCGCCACUCCGCCUACCUAUAGCAACGAGGUCCCCGACAUCAAGGAAGCUCUCUUUCCCAAAGAAAUACGCCGCCUCGAAAAGUAUAUUUACCCAUACCUCGACACUGUGGACGACCUUGACCUUGUGUCGACCAAGUACCCGUAUCCGGAUGGCUACGAUACUGUGCAGCCGCCAUCCGGGGCGGGUGGAGACGAAGGUGGCAACCCAGAUCUGUGGCAGGCGUACGUGUCUGUGAGUGUGGACGUGCAAAAUACUGGCAGUCGCGACGGCAAGGCAGUGGUGCAGCUGUAUUUGUCCUACCCCGAGGAUGCUGCCGAUGCUGCUGGCGUUGACUUCCCUGUGAAAGUUCUUCGGGGCUUUGAGAAGCCGAUGUUGAAGAAGGGCGAGACACAGACUGUGACAUUUAAUCUCACACGGCGUGAUCUUAGCUACUGGGACGUGCAGCAGCAAAACUGGGUCAUGGUGACCGGUGGUCAAUACCGCUUCCAUGUGGGGCAGAGUUCGCGUGACCUUCCCGUGCUGGGGACAUGGUAA